GGCAAAAACUUGUUUUCAAAAGUGCAAGAAGCCCAGUAAUAUUGAAUACACAUUUCAGCCAGAAAGUUGUUCUAAAGGAACGUUCAGAACCUAAGCAAGAAGUACUUGGUACAGAGAAGUUUCUGGGUAGAAAACUACUGCGACCUUGUUUAGCUCACGUAUUCACAUUAAGUGACAAAGGAGAACAUUUCAGCCAUACAGUAGAAACUGAAAAGGCUAUAUGUACAGAUACAUUGACAGCAUCAUCAGUGGUACUACCUCUAGUGGGCCGUAGCAAAUUACUGACCUCCAGUCGCAGCUUCAGUGACUCCCUCUUGGAGGUUAUUGAAAGUCAGGGAGUGGCAGGUUGGAGAGAGGUUUGUCUGCGAGUGGUUGUACAGAGGAUAUACUGCCUUCCUGCAAGAGAUGGCUUAGGUAUCCAGUUACUUCGGACUCAUCCUUCCUCAUUAGCAUCUGCAGGGCAACCAAAUGAAAGGUUAUGCUUCCUUGUUCAAGAUACUUAUGGUAUGUUUAGUGAAGUGCAGUUCCAGAACUAUGGCUUACCCGAGGAAGGCCUAGAACAGUACAGCAAGAAAUGGGAAGGGAAAUGUUGCUGUCUCUUGGGAAUGAAGGUCUUACAGAGAACUACAAGAGGAAGGUCACCAGGUCUCUUCAGUUUGAUUGACAGUCUGUGGCCUCCUUUGAUUCCCCUGAAAGUUCAUGGUCAAAGUCAAGAUAGUCAAGAGAUUGAUGGCAGAGUUCCUGCUCCUAGCUUUUGUUACAUUUUAGGUGCCUGUCCUGAUGAAAAGAGUGUAGAAAUGGUGGAGGAACCAGAACCUCAAGUACUGGACCUGUACUUGCCUCCAGUGGUGCACAGUCUGAAGACCAUUCUGCAGAAUGUUGGCAGUGCUUGUCGAUGCAGUUUCAAUGCACAAGUAAUUUUCAAGAGACUACAGGUUGAGAAUGGAGCCAGAUGUGGAACAGCUGUGUUUUCUUUGUAUGUCACUGACCCAGUGCUGCAAAAUGCUGCUCACCACGUCCCUCGGGUCCUACAGGUUGUUGUUACUUCAUCCUGCAUUCUUGGUGCUGAUGUGGUGGAUGCUGUCAGGAAUGCAUUGCCCUGCGUUAUCUUCUUCAGAGAUGCUGUAAAGGAAACGGAUAAAAUAAUUUGUGUGGAACGUACUGUACUGUCCUUGCAGUGGUCUCAGCAGUAUAGCAUUGAUGGGGUUGACUUCACUCAGAUGACUGGCCCUGUCAAACUGGAUGAGCUAGAUUCCACAACCAACUUGAACACGCUGUGCACUGUGAAAGGUACUGUUGUUGGAGUGGAUGAAGACGCUGCCUUUUCCUGGCCAGAGUGCAACAGAUGCGGUAACGGAAAACUUGUAGAAUCUCCUGGAGAUACGGGAUUACUAUACUGUAGACAUUGUCAUCAACCUGUCACUGAACCAGUUACCAAAAUGGAACUUGAAGUCUUUUUACAGUGUCCUUGGACACAGCACCCAGUAAAGGUGAAGUUGCAUCAAGAAACUAUUGCCUCUCUGCUGAUGUCAUCUAACAGAGAUGAAGGAGGUUACGAGUUAGAGUGUGUGCUUGGAAAAGAGGUGGGGCCACUCAGCUGUUAUGUUCGUUCUCUGGCCACACAUCCCUCCCACAAGAUUGGUCUAGAUGAAAUCAGGCUGAGUUGAAACAUAAAGAAGCUGGAAAAGCUGCUGGAGUUUUCCAUUGUCAGCAUGUCUGUUCUACCAUUAUAACCUGGAACUUUAUGGAAAUGCUGCAGACUACACAAAACCUAUCAAGGCAAAGUACAUCAAUAGUGCUGAAUGUAAAAGGGACUGACAUUCUUAGCACUGGUGGAUUUUUUCCUGACUGUAAAGUUUGAAGUUUAAAUAAAAUGUAUACAGAAAGCAUUUUAUGGAGUGUAUAAUUCAGAAAUAUCACGAUUAUUGCAGUCUUAUGCAAAUGAAUUACACUGGUAUUAAAUGUAUAUUUGACAGGAAGCAUCUGUAAUAAAAUUAAUUCCUGGUCUAAUAUUUGUCAUGUUUUGCACUUUUAACAGGUGCACUGAUGUUACCUUACCCUUCUGCUGAAAGUUGAAACAAACGGUACUUGAUAGGGCUUGUUACAAUAAAUACUUUUUUGGUA